AUGGAGCUAAUUUGGAUGAAUUAUAGAUCCACGAAGCAGUAUGAUGAUGAGUCCCUAUAUGACGCAUGGAGGAGAUUCAAGCGUUUGCAGAGACAAUGCCCUCACCAUGGUAUUCCUGAAUGGAUGUUGAUCCAAACUUUUUACAAUGGUCUAACUCAUGAGUUCCGAAUCUACAUUGAUGCUGCAUCUGGGGGCUCUCUCUUGACAAAGAACCCCACUGAAGCAAAGGAGCUUAUAGAGAAGAUGGCAGCCAAUGAUAAUUAUCAUCUAGGAGGCCGAAACACUGUGAAAAAGGGAGGUAAAAUUGAUGUUGAUGCCUUAACUAUGCUAACCAGUUCUGUGCAGGCACUAACAAGCAGGUUUGAUAAGUUCCAAGCUGGAACCUCUACUAGCCCACAGGAGUUGUGUCAAUUGUGUAAUGUGCAAGGUCAUAUUGCACCGGAUUGCCCGCAGAUUUCGCAAAAUACAGAGGAGAUGUCAAUCGAGCAGGCCAAUGCUUUCUACUCCUCUAACCCCAAAAGGCCCUAUGACCCCUAUUCCAACACCUAUAAUGAAGGAUGGAAACACCAUCCUAACUUUUCAUACAAGAAUACCCAAGCACAGCAAAAUCCACCUCAACCCAACAACUACAACCCACCACCACCUGGCUUCCAACAAAGACCACCCAACACCCAACAACCAAUGCAACCAGAACCUCAGAAAUCUAGCCUUGAGGUGACGUUAGAGAGCUUUAUAACCGCAACAAAUAGUGUCAUCCAACACCAAAAUAGCUCUAUACAACAGUUGCAGGCCCAAAGUAAACUCAUGGAAAACCAGAUAAGCCAACUUGCUAAUCAAGUUAGCCAAUCUUUAAAGAUUCCAGGAACUUUUCCGGGCCAAACAGAACAACCUCAAAAAGGCCAAAUGAAUGUUGUUUUCCUGAGGAGUGGAAAGCAAUUGGAAGAUCCUCCUACCAAGGAGCCAUCAAAGGAGGUCGUUGAAGAAGCAGGUGCAAGUGGGAAGGAAGUUGACAACUCUAGGGUCGAGGAUGAAUCCAAGGAAGCGCCACCAAAGCCACUUGCUCCGUAUGUGCCUAAGGUUCCUUUUCCUCAAAGGUUAGCUCAAGCUAAACUUGAGAAAAAGUUCAGUAAGUUUCUUGAUAUUCUUAAAAAGCUUCAUAUUAAUAUUCCAUUUUUAGAUGCCAUAUCUGAGAUGCCUUCUUAUGCAAAAUUAUUAAAAGAUAUGCUAUCUAACAAGAAAAAGUUAGAAGAGAAUACUACAGUUGCUUUGAAUGCAGAGUGCAGUGCUAUUUUGCAGAACACUCUCCCUAAGAAAUUAGGAGAUCCAGGUAGCUAUUCAAUUCCUGUGAAGCUUGGGGAUAUCGAAAUCAACAGAGCAUUGUGCGAUCUUGGUGCAAGUGUGAGCCUCAUGCCACUAUCCAUAUGCAAGAAGCUGCAAAUGGGUGAACUCAAACCCACACGCAUAUCCCUGCAACUUGCAGACAGGUCAGUGAAGUUUCCUUUGGGUGUACUUGAGGAUGUACCACUUCGCGUAGGUAAGUUUUUCAUACCCUGUGAUUUUGUUGUGAUGGAGAUGGAUGAAGAUGUGAAUGUUCCAAUUAUACUUGGUAGACCUUUCUUAGCUACUGCAGGUGCAAUUAUUGAUAUGAAGAAAGGUAAGAUUACUUUUGAAGUAGGUGAUGAGAAAUUGGAAUACUCACUUUUUAAUGUUAUGGGUGCCCCUUCUAUGGGAGACACUGUUUGUCAGGUUGAUGUGCUCGAUGAGCUGCAGAAUGAGCAACUUCCCUUGAAUCAGAAUGAUGAUGCUCUCGAACAAGUUCUAUUAGGGAAGGAAGAUGAUAAUGGAGAUUGGCAGUCUACGGAGUAUACCAGGUUACUUAAUGAAGCAAAGGCCAAUCCAAAUCAGAACCCGAUCAGAGAGAAAUUGGAAGUAAUGAGUAUUGGGGAGAGUUCUAAGCCUCCCGAGGUAGAGUUGAAACCCCUCCCCUCUAACUUAAAAUAUGCAUAUCUUGGUCCAAAUAAUUCAUAUCCUGUUAUUGUCAAUGCUGAACUCAAGGACACAGAACUAGAGCAAUUGCUCAACGUUUUGAAAACAUAUAAAAGUGUCAUUGGGAUGCCAUUUGGAUUAUGUAAUGCUCCUGCCACUUUUCAGCGAUGUAUGAUGGCAAUUUUCUCAAGACUCAUAGAAAACUCUAUGGAAGUAUUUAUGGAUGAUUUCUCUGUCUAUGGAACAUCCUUUGAUGGAAUUGUUUUAGGUCAUGUUGUGUCUAAUAAAGGGAUUGAGGUUGAAAAGGCCAAAAUAGAGGUUAUAGAGCGCUUACCACCCCCUAAAUCUGUAAAAGGAGUUCGAAGCUUCCUUGGUCACGCAGGUUUUUAUCGGCGUUUUAUUAAGGAUUUUUCGAAAAUUGCUAGACCUUUAACUGAGCUAUUGGCUAAGGAUGUCCCUUUUGUCUUUUCUGAUGCUUGUCUUGAAGCUUUUAACAGGUUGAAGGAAGCUUUAAUCACUGCUCCAGUCAUGCAACCCCCAGAUUGGAGUCUGUUGUUUGAGAUCAUGUGCGAUGCUAGUGAUUAUGCGGUGGGAGCCGUAUUAGGGCAAAGGAAGGAGAAGAAGCUUUAUGCCAUAUACUAUGCUAGCAAGACUUUGAGCUCUGCUCAACUGAAUUAUGCCACAACUGAAAAAGAGAUGCUAGCAGUUAUAUAUGCUAUUGACAAGUUUCAUUCUUAUUUGGUAGGUUCCAAGGUCAUCAUUCAUAUAGAUCAUGCAACAUUGAGGUACUUGAUGACCAAGACACAUGCCAAACCAAGGUUGAUUCAAUGGAUUCUCCAGCUACAGGAUUAUGACAUCGAAAUCAGGGAUACCAAAGGAACAGAGAAUGUCGUUGCAGACCAUCUUUCCCGUCUUCUCCUUGACCCUGAAGAUGGAGAUGAUACCCCUUGGUUUGCUGACUUAGCUAACUUUCUCUCCACAGGUACAAUGCCUCAUGGCUAUUCUUCUCAACAAAAGAAGAAAUUCUUUUCUGAAGCAAAGAGAUACCACUAG